UACUGUGAAAUAGCGUCAUGAGGCGUUCCGGCUAAAUUGGUAUCUUAGUUUGUUCUACCAGUUAAUUUAGCAAAGAGAUUAAAUGCCAACUGUACCUCCUGGAUCUAUAUUUGUAACGGACUGGCAUCGCAGUCCAGAAAGCAGAGAAUAUUUCAACAAGAUAUUGUACAAGAAAAAACGUCGAAAAUUUGGCCUCUUGGAAGCUCCAGUGAUGCCACCUAAUUUGAAAGCAGACACCGUUCGGUACAAGGUUUUCAUCUCGGGUAAAAGUGGAGUGGGGAAAACUGCUCUUGCUGCUCGGCUGACUGGUCUUGAGAUUCCAAACGUACACUAUGAAACAACAGGCAUGGAGACGUCUGUGGUGUUUUGGCCUGUGAAGCUAAGGGAGAGUGGUCGUGUGCUCUUCUUCCAUUUCCAGCUCUGGGACUGUGGAGAAAAUGUCAUGUGCAGAUUUGACCACAUGCUACCGUCCUGCGAGGAACAGGCGGAUGCCAUUCUCCUUCUGUUCUCCUUCACUGACCACGGCUCUUUUGAGGACAUCUCAAAUCAGAUGCCUCGGCUCACAGACCCCUCAGACAGAGUUGUCAGAUUGGUGGUUGGCACCAAAUUUGACUUGUUUAUGCACACAGAUGUGACAGAGAGUGAGAUCACAGCAUUUCAGGAGGUGUGGGGUGUGCCCGUCUUCCGUGUGGGAGGUGAUGUGAGCAGUGGGAUGGGUGAGAUCGCACCCUUAUUAAAUGCCUUGGCAGAAAACCUAUGGCACCAGGACUGUGCACAUGCUUCUAACUCCCUAUCCCCACCUUCUUAAUCUCAAGAUAUAGGCCCAGAGGUCAUUGUAUGACCUCAGCUUAGUCAGUCAUGCUUAGAGUUAGUCAUGUUGUUUUACUUUGUGUGAGACACAAAAGACUUGGUGUGAACUCAACUCAAAUAACAAUCUCAAAGGUCUUGUUAAAGCCCUUGACUCUUAUAUGUAUAGCUAUGUACAUACUUACUACUUGAACAGCUGUAAGUGCUUUUCUAAAUUAAAACUUUACACUUCUUCUAUGUAUGGAGUAAACAUUUGACUAAAUUACUUUGUGCAUUGUAAUUAUCUAAUGAAAAUGAUUCUGUUCAAUAUGAGCUUGAAUGGAUUGGUCCAGGAUUAAUCUUAACCAAGCACCAAGAUCAGGUAUGUUGGAAAUAAGUUUAAUAGCUGACGAAGCACUCUAAACAAUAAAGCUACCUCAACUCA